GCGUGGGAUGAUAUCCAAGGAGCGCCGGUGCGCUGUCAGUUUGCGUCGGCCACGAGCCCCUUACGAUAUGGUUCCUCGCAGUGGAAGUGAGGAUCUUGCCAGCCCUUUCUCGUUUUCUAGUCUCGAAUCUAGAUACUACCUAUACCGUUUCUCAUAGACUGAUUGUUGCUCGUCAUGGCCUCCUUAGCUCUUGUAUGUGAUGAUAGCUUAUGCAGGUAUAUGGGCCGACCUAGCAACUACUUCAUAACCGCAAUAGAGAUCAGUGAUAUCAAGACGCCGUGUGCCUAUCUACUACUUAGGUAGAGCUGCCUUAUGCUAGCUAAAGAUGGAUUUAUCGAGGUGUUAUAUCGUUCUAAUAUUCCUAGCUCUAGAAUUUGCCCUAGGUGUACGAUGUCAUUGCUCAUUCACACAAGGGGGAAGCCUGCUGCGCGCGUUAAUGUAAACCCAAGAGUAGGCGGGGGUAAUCAAGACGCGUAUUUUGCCGUGAGGGUUAUUAACUAACGCUCUUCAGACGGCGUGAUUAUGAGAAGUAAGGAGGAUACGGCCCCGAGUCAGUGUACGGACGGCUAUAUCGAUAUAUUGGCCGUCUAGGCCUUAGAGUACGCAAUACGGCGAUGAAGUGAACGGAGAUAAGGGAAAUUAAACCCCUCAUCGACCAUAGCCCGUGGUCCCGUGCACCUACACAGGUUAUGAAGCCCGGCCGGUAACCAUUCAUGUUAGACUCUCGCAACGGUCGACAUGAUCGAUUUGGCCUUAAACUCGAACCGGUUAUCGACAGAUCCACCAUCAUGGCUACCGAAGCUGCGAAUAUAGAAGCCGUUGAGCGAUUUACUAAGACAAGACACCGCGACACGUACGAGUACAUAUCUACUAAUAAAGUGGACCUGUACGGGAGGUCGGUCUUCAUCGCCGGCGCAUCGAAGGGCAUAGGGAGAGAAACGGCUCUCAGCUUUGCCGCAGCCGGUUGCUGCAAGAUAGGCAUCGGAGCUCGAUCCGACCUGUCGCACUUGGAGACCGCGAUCAAGGAAGCAGCGAAGAAAGCCGGCCGUAGGAACGAGCCCAGGGUCGUCACCGUGGAGCUCGAUGUCACCUCGGAAGAUAGCGUGAGGGCUGCUUCGGAGAUCAUUUCGAACGAAUUUGAGGGGAGAUUGGAUGUCUUGGUCAACAACGCCGGGUUCCUAGCCAAGUCGUCGCCGGUGGACGAGUCGGGGACGAACGAGUGGUGGUCGACGUAUGAGAUCAACGUUAAGGGGACAUUCAUGUGCAGUAAAUACUUCAUCCCCUUGCUCCUCAGAGGCGACAUCAAAACCAAUAUUCUCGUCUCCAGCAUCGGCGCCAUGUGGGUAUCGCCCGGUGCUUCGGCCUACCAAACCAGCAAAUUAGCGGUUUGCCGGCUCGCGGAAUUUAUAGCUGCCGAGUACCAAGGCCGCGGGCUCGCCUGCUUCGCUCUACAUCCCGGCGGCGUCAAGACCGAGCUAUCGAUGAACUUGCCCGAGACCAUGCAUCGGUUUCUGACAGACGAACCCCAGUUGUCAGGAGACAGCAUCGUGUGGCUCAGCAAGGAGCGCCGACCGUGGCUGAGCGGGAGAUAUAUCGACGCCAGAUGGGAUAUGGCUGAGCUCGAGGCGUUGAGGGAUGAUAUCACCCAGGGAGACCUGUUGAAGGUUAGAUUGACAACGUCGCUCUAGACUUGCGAUGGCGUCCGGAGGACAGGACGGUGAAGAUGCAAGAUGGUUUAUCGAGAUGAUUUUGAUGGCGGAUUCUUCGGGGAACGUCACCUUCAGCCUUGAAUCGGCGUAAGGCAGUCGAUCAUUUGGACGUUCGAUUCGACGGAGGGAGAGGGCAGGGAAUAGCUAUGGGUGAAGCUGGACUAGGCCUGGGCCCAGGCAAUUUCUCAUCGACGCGGACGAAGACUGGUGAUCGUGCUUAUCCAACCGCUCACUCGUUAGAUAGAUAGACCAUAACCAGAUUGAUACGUAGGUAGCCUUCAUGCCAUGCUCGUCGCAGCAUCUCGCUAUAACCCGGGCCCGUAAAGGCAUAGGUACGAGUUGCGGAGGAGGUAGCCUAGCUAGGUGUGUACACGUCGGGGAUUUGCAGAAUAGGCGAUUGAUCCCCAGCUCAGCCGGGAGGUGAGGGAAGCCCUUCAUUUUCCGACUGGAGUCACCU